CUCUUUGAUGUUUCUUUCUUUAAAGUUUUCACCUUUAGCCACAUUUGUUAGAGGCAAGAGAUGGAGACGACACUAUUUAACGACGGUGGAGAAGACCCUUGGCUUGGUCGAGACAAGUUCUACCAUGUAAUAUUCUGCUUCACCAUCUCUCUCCUCUUCUCAACUCUCGCGUCUCUCUCCCGCUACUCCUUCCUGCGACGUCACUCCAUCUGGAUCGGAUCUGCGUUCUCACUCGCCGCCGGCGCGGCUAAAGAAGCCGCCGAUCAGUUGGGCAUCUUCCCUUCCGCAGGUGCCUCCGCUAGAGACGCCGUCGCGGACGCCGUAGGAGUUGUCAUCGCGGCCCUGCUUCUCUUCCUUUGGAAAUCUCGAAGAUCACGUCCGGAUCCGGUUGAGAAAACGUUUACUUUCACUGAAUUCAAGAUAAAAGUGUCACCACCAUCUCUUUGUUCAUCCUCGAGAUUAUCGACAAAGCACAGAACUGCUCAAACUAGUAUCGGUUCUGUUGUAACCAUCAAUUUCAAUAACCAGUUCGAUAUGGAAAAUAGUCAAACGUUAGUCAAGAUGGCCGAGUUGGUCUAAGGCGCCAGUUUCAG